CUUUUCUGCACCCGCUUAGCCCCAGACCGUCUUAUAGCUGCACCUUCCUCGCUGCCCACGUUUGACCAUCUUACAUACAUUGUCCCCUCCAACUCCUCUCUUCCUCUCCUUCUUAAUAGUCGUUGACUGCUUCUUACAUCUCUUCUUGUUCCAACUCUUCUCACAUUGCCCCCGACCUUUUCGUUCCUUACCUCUCUGUGUCACUCUCGACCGAGCCGCACAUACUGACGUACUAUAUUCCCCCGACUCCUUUUUCCUCCAACGCACCGACGAGUUCGACUUGACCACCCGUCCUCUUCGUCUGCGUCCUUUUCCCUUACUCUCGGUUGCAUGAUACAGUCUUACCAGUCCCGUCAUCAUGGCUUCCAACGUCAACGGGGUUAAUGGCUCCCGGAAAUCCACACUCGUCAACGGCUCGCCGAGUUCCUGGCAGGCCAAACAUCCCAUUGCUUCUCAUUUUAUUGGGGGUAGCAGAUUAGAAACAGCUCCUCCGAGCAAGGUCAAGGACUUUGUUCAGGAGCAUGAUGGUCACUCUGCCAUUACAUCCGUACUGAUUGCCAACAACGGCAUUGCUGCGGUCAAAGAAAUCCGUUCAGUGCGGAAAUGGGCCUACGAGACCUUUGGCGACGAACGUGCCAUUCAGUUCACCGUCAUGGCCACUCCAGAAGAUUUGCAGGCCAACGCAGAUUAUAUCAGAAUGGCAGAUCAAUACGUUGAGGUUCCUGGUGGCACAAACAACAAUAACUAUGCCAACGUUGAGCUGAUCGUCGAUAUUGCCGAACGCAUGAACGUCCACGCCGUAUGGGCUGGCUGGGGUCAUGCCUCAGAGAAUCCCAAGCUCCCAGAAUCUCUUGCCGCCUCGCCCAAGAAAAUCAUCUUUAUCGGUCCUCCUGGCUCAGCCAUGCGUUCCCUCGGUGACAAGAUCUCUUCCACAAUCGUUGCACAGCACGCCAAAGUCCCAUGUAUUCCCUGGUCAGGUGAAGGCGUGGACUCGGUCGAAAUUGACGACAAUGGGAUCGUGACCGUAAGAGACGAUAUAUAUGACAAAGGCUGUGUCCAUUCUCCUCAAGAAGGUCUCGAAGCUGCCAAGAAGAUCGGUUUUCCCGUCAUGGUGAAGGCCUCAGAGGGUGGUGGUGGCAAAGGAAUUCGAAAAGUCGAGAACGAACAAGAGUUUGUCUCCCUGUACAAUGCCGCUGCGAGUGAAAUUCCCGGCUCUCCCAUCUUCAUCAUGAAGCUGGCUGGAAAUGCUCGACAUUUGGAAGUCCAGCUUUUGGCCGAUCAGUAUGGAAACAACAUCUCCCUCUUUGGCAGAGAUUGCUCCGUCCAGCGCAGACAUCAAAAGAUCAUCGAAGAGGCUCCCGUUACCAUUGCCAAUCCCGAGACCUUCCACAGGAUGGAGGAAGCUGCCGUCAGGCUGGGAGAGUUGGUCGGAUACGUCUCCGCCGGUACCGUCGAAUAUCUCUAUUCCCACUCCGAUGACAAAUUCUAUUUCCUCGAGCUCAACCCCCGUCUUCAGGUCGAACAUCCCACCACCGAAAUGGUGAGUGGCGUCAAUCUACCCGCCGCUCAGCUUCAGGUCGCCAUGGGUAUCCCAUUGCACAGAAUCCGUGACAUUCGUUUGUUAUACGGCGUGGAUCCUCAUCGCUCCACCGAGAUUGAUUUCCAUUUCAAGAACGAAGCCAGCUUGAAGACCCAGAGACGGCCUCAGCCCAAGGGCCACACAACUGCCUGCCGUAUUACCUCCGAAGAUCCCGGCGAGGGCUUCAAGCCUUCCAGCGGUACCAUGCACGACCUCAACUUCAGGUCUAGCUCAAACGUUUGGGGUUAUUUCUCCGUCAGUUCCGCAUCUAGCAUUCAUAGCUUCUCCGACAGUCAAUUCGGACACAUCUUUGCCUACGGAGAGAAUCGCUCGGCGUCUCGAAAACACAUGGUUGUCGCCUUGAAGGAGCUGUCCAUUCGGGGUGACUUCAGAACCACCAUCGAAUACCUCAUCAAGUUGCUGGAAACCCCCGCCUUCGAGGACAACACCAUCACCACUGGCUGGUUGGAUCAAUUGAUUACCAAUAAGUUGACUGCUGAGCGACCGGAUCGAAUGCUGGCCAUUAUUGCUGGUGCCUUGACCAAGGCUCAUAUUGCCAGUGAAGCGAGCAUUGAUGAAUAUCGCAAAGGUCUCGAGAAGGGUCAAGUGCCCUCCAAGGACGUCCUCAAGACCGUCUUUCCUAUCGACUUCAUCUACGAAGGCCAGCGAUACAAAUUCACAGCUACCAGGGCCAGUCUCGACAGUUACCACAUCUUUAUCAACGGCUCAAAAUGCCUGGUCGGCGUUCGAGCCUUGGCUGAUGGAGGCCUUCUCAUGCUCUUGGCAGGUCGAUCCCACAGUAUCUACUGGAAGGAGGAAGCUACUGCCAUCCGUGUCAGCGUUGAUAGCAAGACUUGCUUGCUCGAGCAGGAAAAUGACCCUACUCAGCUCAGAACUCCAUCUCCCGGCAAAUUGGUCAAGUUUACUGUGGACAAUGGAGCCCAUGUCAAUGCUGGUCAGGCAUUUGCCGAGGUCGAGGUCAUGAAAAUGUACAUGCCUCUUAUUGCACAGGAAGAUGGUGUCGUCCAGUUCAUCAAACAGCCAGGAGCCACCCUCGAGGCUGGUGAUAUUCUCGGUAUCCUGGCUCUGGACGACCCAUCCAGAGUCAAGACUGCCGAGACAUUCACGGGCCAUCUCCCUGAUUUGGGCCCACCGCAAAUCGUCGGAGACAAGCCACAUCAGAAGUUUGGCCUGGCUCUCAGUACCUUGCAAAAUAUCCUCAUGGGCUUUGACAAUCAAGUCAUCAUGAACUCCACCCUCAAGGAGUUGAUUACCGUACUCAGAGAUCCAGAAUUGCCAUACGGUCUUUGGCAAGUCAGAUCAUCUGCCCUCCACUCGAGAACUCCACCCAAGCUUGAUGCUCAACUGGAGCAGAUCGUCGACAGAGCCCAUUCGCGUCACGCAGAAUUCCCCGCUAAACAGCUCCAGAAGGCCAUCAACCGAUUCGCGGAAGAGAAUCUGUCCUCAGCUGAGGCUACUGCUCUCCAUGCGACUCUCGCGCCCCUGGAGGACGUCAACGCCGAAUUCGCCGAUGGAUUGAAGGUCCACGAGUUUUCCGUUUUCGUCGGUUUGCUCGAUAAAUACACCGAAGUUGAGAGAUUAUUCGCUUCUGGUAGCCACAGAGACGAGGAUGUUAUCUUGCAACUUCGAGACAAGAACAAGGAUGACAUCCUCUCCGUCGCUUACACCGUUUUGUCACAUACACGUGUUGCAUCCAAGAACAACCUAGUCAUUGCCAUUCUCGACCUUUAUCGUCCCAAUCAGCCCAAUGUUGGGAACGUCGCCAAAUACUUCCGCCCUGCCCUCCGCCGUCUCACCGAGCUCGAGUCGCGACCCACUGCCAAGGUCGCUCUCAAAGCCCGUGAGCUGCUGAUCCUGUGCGCUUUGCCAUCACUUGAAGAGCGAGCUUCGCAAAUGGAACACAUUCUCAAGUCAUCCGUGGUUGACUCCAAGUAUGGCGAGACUGGUUGGGAGCAUCGUGAGCCGGAUCUGGACAUCCUCAAAGAAGUUGUCGACUCGCGUUACACUGUCUUCGAUGUGUUGCCCCUCUUCUUUGCCCACAGCGAUCCUUGGGUUGGUCUGGCCGCUCUCGAGGUCUACAUCCGCCGCGCCUACCGUGCUUACACGGUGAAAGAGGUUGGAUAUCACAAUGACGUCGAUCCACCAUUCUAUCUCUCUUGGGACUUUGUCUUGCGCAAAGUUGGUCAAUCAGAGUUUGGCCUGCCUUUGGCCUCGUCAUUCCCCUCCGGACAGGCCACUCCAUCCCAGCAGGGUAACCCGUUCAAGAGGAUUUCUUCUGUGAGCGACUUGUCAUAUCUGAACAAGAUUCAAGGUGAUGACGAACCUUCUCGUAAAGGUGUUAUUGCUCCUUGCCAUUAUCUCGACGAAGCAGAUGACACCCUCUCGCGGGCUCUGGAGGCCUUCCCCAAGGGUGUCAAGGAAAAACGACCCAGCCAGCCUUACCUUAUGCCUACCCUCGAAAGCCAACGAAGACCUCAGAAAGCUGAGACCCCUCCUGAGGAUGAUCUGACAAACGUCUGCAAUAUCGCUAUUCGCGACAUCGAAGACCUGACCGAUGAUGAAAUCUCCUCGCGCCUCGUAGGUAUCAUCGCAGACUACAAGACAGAGCUUUUGGCAAGAAAGGUUCGUCGUGUCACAUUCAUUUGUGGCCACAAGGAAGGAACCUACCCUGGCUACUUUACUUUCCGUGGACCAUCCUUUGAGGAAGACCAGAGCAUUCGUCAUAAUGAGCCUGCCCUCGCCUUCCAGCUUGAACUCGGAAGACUUUCCAGAUUCAAAAUCAAGCCCGUGUUCACCGAAAACAGAAACAUUCAUGUCUAUGAAGCUACCGGCAAAGGCAUCGACAGUGAUAAGGUUGUUGAUAAGCGUUACUUCACAAGAGCCGUUGUUCGACCAGGGCGUCUUAAGGAUGAAAUCCCCACUGCUGAGUAUCUCAUCUCGGAAACCGACCGUCUUGUCAACGACAUCUGCGAUGCUCUUGAAAUUAUUGGCAACAACAACUCUGACUUGAAUCACAUCUUCAUCAACUUUACACCAGUGUUCAAUCUACAGCCUCGUGAUGUUGAGGAGCAGAUUGCUGGGUUCUUGGAGCGCUUCUCCAGACGCUUCUUGCGUCUUCGAGUCACUGGCGCCGAGAUCAGAAUUCUGUGCACGGACCCUGAGACUGGUUUGCCAUAUCCUCUACGUGUGAUCAUCACAAAUACCUCUGGGUACGUUGUUCAAGUCGAAAGCUAUGUCGAGAAGAAAUCUCGCAACGGCGAAUGGGUCUUUGAAAGCAUUGGCGGCACAACCAAGAUUGGAUCCAUGCACUUGCGUCCUGUUUCCACGCCGUACGCCACCAAGGAAUGGUUGCAGCCUAAGCGUUACAAGGCUCAUUUGAUGGGAACUCAAUACGUGUAUGAUUUCCCGGAGCUUUUCCGACAGGCGAUUCAAAACAGUUGGGCCAAUGCCGUCGCCAAGCACCCCUCGCUCAUUGAAUCAAGGCCAGAAAUUGGAACUUGCGUCGAGUACAAUGAACUGGUGCUCGACGAUUCCGACAACCUUGCCGAAGUCUCCCGUGAGCCCGGCACCAACAACUGUGGCAUGGUUGCAUGGUUGUUGACAGCGAAAACACCCGAGUAUCCAAGAGGUCGACGAUUCAUCAUUGUGGCCAACGACAUUACAUACCAAAUUGGCUCUUUUGGUCCUCAAGAAGAUAAUCUGUUCAACAAAGUCACCGAGCUUGCUCGCAAGCUGGGCAUUCCUCGCAUUUACCUGUCUGCCAACUCAGGUGCUCGUAUUGGUAUGGCUGAUGAGUUGAUUCCUCAUUUCUCUGUUGCCUGGAAUGAUGAGGGAAACCCCACCUCUGGUUUCAAGUAUCUUUAUCUUACUCCUGAAAAGAGGAAACAACUCAAGGAUAAAGAAGUCAUUACCGAAAAGAUCGUCGAGGAUGGCGAAGAGCGCCACAAGAUCACAACAAUCGUCGGUGCCAAAGAUGGUUUGGGUGUCGAAUGCUUGAGAGGCUCAGGAUUGAUUGCUGGUGCCACCUCCAAGGCGUAUGAGGAUAUCUUCACCAUUACCUUGGUGACUUGCCGUUCCGUUGGUAUCGGUGCAUACCUAGUCCGCCUUGGACAACGUGCCAUCCAGAUUGAAGGUCAGCCAAUCAUUCUCACCGGUGCCCCUGCACUCAACAAGGUGUUGGGCAAGGAAGUCUACACUUCCAACCUCCAACUUGGUGGCACCCAAAUCAUGUACAAGAACGGUGUUUCUCACAUGACUGCCAAUGAUGAUUUCCAGGGUGUCGAGAAGAUUGUGGACUGGCUGUCUUUCAUCCCAGACAAGAAGGGACAACCUGUUCCAGUGAGCCCGUGCAUCGAUCCUUGGGAUCGUGACAUUACGUUUUAUCCUCCUCCCCGAGCGCCUUAUGAUGUCCGUCAUCUGAUCGCCGGCAAGCAAGAUGAGGAUGGCUUCUUGUCCGGCCUUUUCGACAAGGACUCUUUCCAGGAGUCUCUUGGCGGCUGGGCCAAGACUGUGGUUGUUGGCCGCGCUCGUCUCGGCGGUAUCCCUAUGGGUGUCAUCGCCGUCGAGACUCGCACAGUGGAGAACGUUAGCCCGGCCGAUCCAGCCAACGCCGAUUCCAUCGAACAGGUUGUUCAGGAAGCGGGUGGUGUCUGGUUCCCCAACUCGGCCUUCAAGACUGCACAGGCAUUGAAGGACUUCAACUACGGUGAACAACUCCCUGUCAUGAUCCUUGCCAACUGGCGUGGCUUCUCUGGUGGUCAAAGAGACAUGUUCAACGAGGUUCUCAAGUAUGGCUCGUACAUUGUCGAUGGACUCGUCAAGUACGAGCAGCCCGUAUUUGUGUACAUUCCACCUUUUGGUGAACUCCGUGGUGGUUCCUGGGUUGUCGUCGAUCCUACCAUCAACCCUGAGCAAAUGGAAAUGUAUGCUGAUGAGGAAGCUCGCGGUGGUGUGCUCGAGCCGGAAGGUAUUGUUGGCAUCAAGUAUCGUCGCGAGAAGCAACUCGAGACCAUGGCCAGACUGGACCCAACAUAUGGUGAAUUGAAGGCUCAAUCCCUCACAAAGGGACUUACACCUGAGCAGCUCAACAGCAUCAAGCUCAAGAUGACAGAACGCGAACAGCUCCUAGGACCUAUCUACCAGCAGAUUGCUAUUCAAUUUGCUGAUCUCCACGAUCGUGCCGGCCGCAUGCAAGCCAAGGGAACCAUUCGGUCUGCACUGAAAUGGCAGAAUGCGCGUCGCUUCUUCUACUGGCGUCUGCGAAGAAGAUUGUCCGAGGAAGUCUUGCUCAAGAAGCUCAACGCUAGCCAAGCUGCCGGUGCUACAACAGUUCCCGCAACUAGUUUGGCACAAAAGGAGACCAACAUUGCAAUUCUCAAGAACUGGUCUGGUCUCCUUGAUGCCGAGUUUGACAAGGACGAUCGGAAGGUUGCGGAGUGGUAUGAAAGUCACCGCAAAGAGGUGUAUGCCAAGAUCGAUGCCCUCAAGAGUGACGCCAUCAGCAAGAAGGUCGCUGAGCUGUUGAUGAGCAACAAGGAAGGUGGUUUGAAAGGAGUACGCGAGGUGCUGAGCCUUGUGCCAACGAGUGAGAGGGACUCGUUGGUCAAGUAUCUGACCGGCGCUUGAGGUGGUCGAGGGGCAGACAAGUUUGAGCUUGAGACAAUGUACCAAAGAAUCAUGAUAGCGUGGCUUUUUGUGUCUGUUGGAUGCGCACAUGGUCGUGCGUGAGUACGGUUGGGUUUUGCAGAGUUUUUAUAUUUGGUUUUGAUAUUUAGCAUUCAAUUGACGUGCGCAUGAAUAAAAGUAGAUUAUACCCA